AUGGCAUUAAAGGGCUCACCAGAGCCAUACACCUGCCCCGUGAAGCAGUUAGAAUUCAAGCUGAAGACUUCCCGUACCUGCACCAGCUGUGGAGUUAUGGUGUAUGGUCAGGAGGAUUACAAUCACUUGUCCCUGAGCCUGAGCCAUUACCUGCCACACAGCCUGGACCUCUACUUUAAGCCAUCUGCGUUAGAGUGUGCAUGCAGGGUGUGCUCAGGCAGCAUGGCAUCUGUGACUAUGCACUUCCUCACGCUGCCCCGGGUCCUAAUGCUUCAUAUCAAGCGAUUUACUGCAGGCGACUGGGAGCCAAAGAAGGUGGAUGAUCCCAUGUCCAUCCCUGCAGAAAUAACCCUCCCAGCCGUAUGUGGGAAGACAGCCCAUGUCCAGUAUGGAGCCAGGGCAAGCUCCCUGGGGAAAAACAACAUGGACAACAAACCUGCAAACUCCCCGAAAGGCACCCUUGAUAGACCAGGCCACUACAUCAGUGAUGUUUUGGACAGCCGUGGCAGUGGGUGGCUCUGCCUGGAUGACACACAUGUCUUGAGGACAGAUGAGGCCACUGUGCUGAAGGCGAUUGCACAGACUGCCUACAUCCUGUUCUAUGUCUGCAGGUAAGGCU